UGGAAAAGCCCACCAGGAAAGACGAUGUGAUGCCCUUACAGCUCAAACAUCCAAGAUCCAGACAGAAAUCAAGAACAAGAUGCAGCAGAAAUCAGAAAAGCAGAACCUCUUGACAGUGAGAAAGCCAGAUGCCAUGGUCGCUUCUGCUCUAAUGGGAUGUGCAGUGAAAAUCAUUAAUUACAGAUGGGAGCAGUCAGAGAAGUUCGUGGAAAUCUGUAUCACCUUAAGCAGAGUUCAUCAAGCCCCCACUGAGAAUGUGCAAGUGCCCUUCACAGUAAGGUCAUUUGAUCUUCUGGCAAAGAAUCUAAAUGGGAAGACUUACCCCACAACAGGGAACAAUCUCUUGAAACCCAUCUCCAUGGAAGGCAGUUCAAAAAUAAACAAACAAACAAAAAAAAAACCAAAAACAAAAAACCAAGACAGACACUGUUCUUACAGAAAGAAAGCAGAAAACACACAGUGGGACUACCUGACUCGGGUUGAAAACGAGUGCAAAGAGAAAGAAAAUUCCUCCCAAGACACUGAAACAGAUCCCAGUGGGAGACUGAUGAAUGUUCUACAGGAAAUUUAUUAA